GUUUAGCAAUACAAGAGAACAGACGCAACGACACAUAGAGAAAUAUUUUAAUAAACACAAAUGUACGAUAUCGCACUGAAUCAAGAGACGCGUAAUCUUUUCCAGCUUACCCCAGUUGGAAGGUAUUUCGUAUCCCAAGGGAGCUAUCCAGCAUUCAUGAACGACAUGAUUAUGCCCAUGAUUGCGCAACUUGCGGUAGAACUUAACAAAUCCGGCGUAUCAUGCAGUGAGAUGUAUCCAAUAGUACGACGGCGAGUGCAGAACUACGUACUCGAACAGGCUACAAAAGAAGGAUUUCUAUGCGCCAGGCCGCGUCGCAGAAUAAGACAACAAAACAGAAAAGAACAGAAAAGAAAGGGCUGCACAGAUGACAAGGGCUGCAUUGAUGCCAAGGGCUGCAUUGAUGAUGACAAGGGCAGCGCAGAUGACAAUGGCUGCAUUGAUAGAAAGGGCUCCGCAGAUGACCAGGGCUGCAAUGAUGCUGCCAAAAGCCACCAAGAUGGCAAGGGCUGCAGAGAUGACAAGGUCUGCAUUGAUGUUAAGAGCUGCAAUGGUGAUGAUAAGGUCUUCACAGAUAGCAAAGGCUACAUUGAUAACAAGGGCUUCAUUGAUGACAAGGGCUGCAUCGAUGACAAGGUCAGUCCUGAUGAAAAGACCUGCACUUAUGACAAAGAAGGCACUUAUGACACGGGCUGCCAUGACGAUGACAAGGGCUGCACUACUGAUGACAAGGGCAAUACAUAUGACAAUGGCUGCAUUGAUGACAAGGGCUGCCAUUAUGAUGCCAAAAGCCGCCAAGAUGACAAGCGCUUCACAGAUAACACAGGCUGCACACUUGAAAAGAGCCGCGCAGAUGACAAGGGCUGCAAUCAUGAAAAGGGCUCCAAUGAUAACUAUAAAGGCUGUACUGAUGACGACACAGGCUGCAAUUAUGAUGACAAUGGUUGCAGUGAUGACUCGGGCUGCACAGGUGACAAAGGUUGCGCAGAUGCCAACAGAUGCACAGAUUACAAGGGAUGCCUAGAUGACAAAGGCUGUGCAGAUGACAAAGGCUGCGCAAAUGACAAAGGUUGCGCAGAUGACAAAGGCUGCACAGAUGCCAAUGGAUGCACAGAUGGCAAGGGCUGCGUAGACGACAAAGCCUCCGCAGAUGACAAAGGCUGCGCAGAUGACAAGGGCUUCACAGAUGACAAGGGCUGCACAGAUGACACGGGCUGCGCAGAUGACAAAGGAUGCGCAGAUGACAAAGGAUGCACAGAUGCCAAUGGAUGCACAGAUGGCAAGGGCUGCGCAGACGACAAAGCCUCCGCAGAUGACAAAGGCUGCGCAGAUGACAAAGGCUCUGCAAAUGACAAAGGCUGCACAAAUGACAGGGGCUGCGCAGAUGACAAAGGCAGCACAGAUGACAAAAGCUGCGAAGAUGACAAAGGCUGCGCAGAUGACAAGGAAUGCACACAUGAAACGGGCUGCGUAGAUGACAAAGGCUGCACAGAUGACAAGGGCCUCACAUACGACAAGGGCUGUAAUGAUGAAAAUAGCUGCACUUAUGACAAGAGCUGCUCUGAUGACACGGACUGCGCAGAUGACAAAGGCUGCACAGAUGACACGGGCUGCGCAGAUGAUAAAGGCUGCGAAGAUGAAAAUAGUCUGACAGAUUACAAGGGCUUCACAGAUGACAAGGGCUGCACUGAUGACACGGGCUUCGCAGAUACCAAAGGCUGCGCAGAUACAAAAGGCCGCUCAGAUGACAAUGAAUUCCCAGAUGACAAGCGCUGCGCAGAUGACAAAGGCUGCGCAGAUGGCAAGGGAUGCACUGAUGACACGGGCUGCGCAGAUGACAAAGGCUGCAUGCAUGCCAAUCGAUGCACAGAUGUCAAUGGCUGCGCAGAUGACAAAGGCUGCGCAGGUGACAAAGGCUGCGGAUUUGACAAAGGCGGCGCAGAUUACAAAGGCUGCGCAGAUGACCAAGGGUGCGCAGAUUACAAAAGCUGCGCAGAUGACAAGAGUCUCACAGAUGACAAGGGAGGCAUCGAUGACAAAAGCUUCACAGAUGACACGGGCUGCACUGACGACAAGGGGUGCACUGACGACAAGGGCUGCACUGACGACAAUGGAUGCACAGAUAACAAGGGCUGCGCAGAUGACAAAGACUGCGAUCAUGACAAGGGCUGCAAUCAUGAUAAGAACCCCACUGAUGACAAGGGCUUCACAGAUGAUAAGGGCUGCACAUAUGACAAGGCACUAACUUACAAGGUAUUUGCAAAUGACAAGGGCUGCAAUGAAUAUAACACGGGCAUCACUGACGACACGGGCUGCACUGAUGAUGACUAAGGGCUUGAGGAUUGCAUGACAUUGGGUGAUGACAAGAAACGCUCGGAUGAAAAUAACCUGCAGCCAUUUAAGGAAGACGCCAAUAGUGGCUUUACAAAGAAGAAGGUGUCGGGCACAGGAUGGCGACUACUUAAAAGAAUCCGGGUAGUAUUAAGACGAUUAUGUUGCAUUCAGACGAUCAAAGACUGACUCGAAACAAAAAAAUGUGCUUUUGUUAUUCCAUUUAAAUAAAGUUUGAUAAACAUA